UGUGUGUGUCGGUGCCUCCUCGCCAUCUUGUUGCAAAGCCCUUUCUUGUCGGCGGGACUCCCGGGGGCUGCGGGGCGGGAGGCAUCGGAAGGGAGGAAGAGAGGGCGGGGAAGCAGAGAGGCAGUGCCGCCUCUUUUUUUUUUUUUUUUUUGCAUCGAUUUUUUUUUUAAAUUUGCAAAUUUCUAUUUUGCAAAUAUUUUGGGAGACAUUGAUUUUUUCCACCCGUGCUCCCCCGUUCUCGCUCGCGGAGUGCGCCGCGCCGCCCAGCCCUGUCGCCCCCCGGAGGUGAGCCCUCGCUCCCGCCUGCCCGCCAGCCUGACCGGUGCCUGGCUCGCGGGCCGCAGCCUCGGCCCCGGCGCGCCCCCGGCCGCUCUCGGCGCGAUGAGCAUAGAGACGCUACUGGAGGCGGCCCGCUUCCUGGAAUGGCAAGCGCAGCAACAACAGAGAGCACGUGAGGAGCAGGAGCGGCUUCGCUUGGAGCGGGAACGAGAGCAGGAGCAGAAGAAAACCAGUAGCCUGACCAGGCUGGCCCAUGCCCUGCCUCUGGAGGAGCCCCGCGUGGAGGCGCCACCACUGCCUCUGUCGCCCCCAGCACCCCCGCCGGCACCCCCUCCUCCACUGGCCACUCCCACCCCACUCACUGUCAUUCCUAUUCCUGUAGUGACCAACUCCCCUCAGGCGCUACCCCCACCCCCACCACUGCCACCUCCAGCCCAGCCUCUGCCCCUGGCGCCUCGCCAGCCAGCCCUGGUGGGCACUCCUGGACUCAGCAUUAAGGAGCCAGCACCCUUGCCCGCCAGGCCACAGGUGCCCACUCCCACACCCCUGCUGCCUGACUCAAAGACCACAGUCCCACCCACCGGCAGUCCCAAACCUCUGCAGCCCCUGCCCACACCCAUCCUGACCAUAGCACCACACCCUGGCGUCCAGCCUCAGCUGGCCCCCCAGCAGCCACCCCCAACCACCCUCGGGACCCUGAAGCUGGCACCAGCUGAAGAAGUCAAAUCCAGCGAACAGAAGAAGAGGCCCGGGGGGAUCGGAACCAGAGAAGUCCACAACAAACUGGAGAAGAACAGGAGGGCCCAUCUGAAGGAAUGCUUUGAGACCCUGAAGCGCAACAUCCCCAACGUGGACGACAAGAAGACGUCGAAUCUGAGCGUGCUUCGGACGGCGCUGCGGUACAUCCAGUCCCUGAAGAGGAAGGAGAAGGAGUACGAGCACGAGAUGGAGCGGCUGGCGCGAGAGAAGAUCGCCACGCAGCAGCGGCUGGCGGAACUCAAGCACGAGCUGAGCCAGUGGAUGGACGUUCUGGAGAUCGACCGUGUGCUCCGGCAGACGGGCCAACCCGAGGACGACCAGGCGUCCACCUCCACGGCCUCUGAGGGUGAGGACAACAUAGACGAGGACAUGGAGGAGGACCGGGCAGGCCUGGGCCAACCUAAGCUGAGCCAUCGUCCUCAGCCAGAGCUGCUGAAGUCUGCACUGCCGCCCACCAGCACUGCCCCUGCACCUCUGCCGCCCCACCCCCACCCGGUGGCCCUGUCCCCUGCCCACCUCCCUGUGCAGCCGCCACCUCCGCCACAGCAGAAGACCCCUCUCCCAGCCCCUCCUCCCCCACCGGCCGCCCCUGCCCCGGCCCAGACACUGGUGCCAGCUCCAGCCCAUCUGGUGGCCACAGCUGGGGGAGGCUCCACGGUCAUCGCCCACACGGCCACCACCCAUGCCUCAGUCAUCCAGACUGUGAACCACGUGCUCCAGGGGCCAGGCGGCAAGCACAUCGCCCACAUCGCCCCCUCAGCCCCCAGCCCUGCUGUGCAGCUGGCGCCCGCCACGCCCCCCAUCGGCCACAUCACAGUGCACCCUGCCACCCUCAACCACGUGGCUCACCUCGGCUCCCAGCUGCCCUUGUACCCGCAGCCCGUGGCGGUGAGCCAGCCGGUGGCGGUGAGCCACAUCGCCCACACCCUCUCACACCAGCAAGUGAACGGCACAGCUGGGCUGGGGCCCCCAGCCACAGUCAUGGCGAAGCCAGCCGUGGGGGCCCAGGUGGUGCACCACCCCCAGCUGGUGGGCCAGACAGUGCUCAACCCUGUGACCAUGGUCACCAUGCCCUCCUUCCCGGUCAGCACGCUCAAGCUGGCUUGAGAAUCAGGCUGCUCAGAGGCCCCCAGAGGGGGCGGGGGAGGGCACUGCUCUCCACUCUCCCACCCACCAGCUCCAUACAUUCCAGCCAGGCCCAGGCCCGCCCCAUCCACGCCCACCCCCAGGCCUCCUAGGGGAAGGGGGUGCAGAGACUCUGAGCCAGGGGAGGGAGGGGCCCCCCCCAGGAGUUGGGCGCAGGGCAGGGGUGAACCCGCCGUGCUAGGACCUGAUGAAAUGACUGAUGAGGACGCUCUGGUGAACCUGCCACCUGGUUGGGCCGGGUGCCACCCACAACGCCGUUCCCGCUCCCCACCCUUCCCUGCAGUCAGUGCGGAGCGGACUUGGUGAUCUCUGACUUCUCCCUGCCCUGCCUGCUUUCUCGUGCUGCUGCUGCUGCUGCUGCUAUUGCCGUCUUGUGAGGCGGCCGAGCCCGGCCUCCCGCCCCAGCCUCAGUGUUUGCCCAGGCCUUCAGAAGGGAAAGGGGGAGGGGCAGGGCCAAAGCCACUCAGUCCAGGAAGCUCUGGCGGCUGGGGGUCCUUCCCUCGGCAUAGGUGGCGGCUCCUGGGGAGCCUCUGCCGUUGGUGGGUGCCCAGCCUGGGGCCGUGGGACUCCGCUGUAGUCGCUGUGAGUCCUCAUGGUAGAAACUGUUGAGAGUGACUCUCCCGGCAGUAAACUAAGCCCAAGAAGGGCUGCCCCCUGCUUCGGCCUCUUGACCUUCAGGAAGGGCUGGGUGUGGGGAAGGAAGGACUUGGCUGCCCUGCCCUGCCUCCCACCGCAUCCCUGCAGCCUGGGUCUGGCCUGGGAGGAGGGUCACUGUGUCCCCAUCCCUGGGUUUGGCUCCCGACUUCUGAAGGCAGCAGGGUUCCAUGAUCCUGGCUCGGUGCUGUGUGCUCCCUCAAGGGAUAGGUGGGCCUGGGUGUCUGUGGACUUGGGUGCCUCCUGCAACGGGGGAGACCUAGACCAGCAUCUGGUCUUGGUUUUAGGAGCCACCUUGUUGAGGCAUUAGGAAGUUAGAUCCAGGAGCUUGGCCAAAACCCUGUGCGCACACAUACCCUCACCCCCACCCCCAGAUGGGCCCUGGGGGUUCAUUGAGAAAGGAGCAGGCCCAGAGUAGGGGAUCCAGGGCCUCAGAGGCUGCUGCUCCUACUCCAGCUCCAACCUCUGCCUCUGUCAUUCCUCCCCCAGAACACCCCACUUCUCCAGCGGGCAGUUCUGAGGGUGCCACCCCUCCCUCCGAGAGAGGGCGUGGCCGAGCCUGGGCUUGGGGAGCGAGGGGGCCUGUCUGGAGGAUGCUGCUUUCCCAGUCUCUGCCCACGCAGACUGCUUCGGCUUCUCUUUCUAUGUGGAUAUUUAUUACAAGUGGCCUUGUGUCAGACACACACUCAGUUACACGCGCAUGUGCACACUCAGCUCCCCACCGGGACACACACUCACCAGUGGCCUUUCAGGGUGGGGCGCGAGCGAGUGGCCCCAGGUGUGAAGUUUGUGUCCACCAGCUGGCCCCCAGGCAGCCAGCACAAAGUUCUUGAGUAGCUCCUUCUGAGUCAGGACUGCUUUUCACCCCCUUCCUGUCCAGGGGACUCCUCUGUCUGUUGCCUCUCCUGGUGGGUGGGGCAAGGACAGCCUGCAGUGGGAGCUGUCUCCCCACCCCUCUGGCGUAGCAGGCCCCCCCCCCCCAAGCUUGCUGCCCCCUCCUCCACUGACACCCUUGCUCUAGGGGGCUGUUCCCAUUGUGACAAUGGCAAGAGUGGAGUCUGGGGCAGGCUGAGCAGCCCUGGUGGCCCUGUGUGUGCCCAGCCCACCCCCGCAAGCCUGCCACCUCCCCACUGAUCCUGAGGCCAGUUCCAGAGCUGAAGCUGUGGCGGCAGCCAGGCGCCCCCUCGGGCCAGCAGAUACCUCAUCAUCCACCCGCCACCCCUCUCCCCCCCCCCGCCCCCAGUAGUGGGGGCCUCCAGAUUAGUGCCGAAUGACUAUGUCCAGAUUGGUGAUGAUGGGUGUUGUUGCUGUUGUGUUGUCAUUGUUGGUGAACGCUGUGACGCUGUGUGCCCUAGCGGGCAGCCACCACCCAGCCCUUCCCUGGGCAUCUCCCCUUUGAGAGUGCUCGGGCCACCUGGCCUUGUCCAGUGGGACUGCCUGCGCCUUCCCUCCUUAGUCCUUCCAGCCUGGGACACACAACACACACACAUGUACACACACACAUCUUACCUCUCAUGCGUGUUUUACCUGUUGAUGUUUAGAGUGGCUCACUGGCUGGGAGUUCUUACCUCGGGGACAAGGGGAGGUUGGUUCCUUGGGGGGCCAAAGAAGGGCAGGGAAUGCCUGGAGGGUAAUUGGGGGGUCACCGUGACCCCGGGCUCUCUCCAGGAACAGCUUCUCCCCCCAUCCCAGGGUCCCAUCCCCAGUCCCCAAGGAGGCGGCCCUCGUUUACAGUGAGGACUCGGUCCCUGUGUCUCCGUUUCCUGAAAUAUGAACGUAGUGACCCCAGAUGUAGAGAUUUUUAUGUGUUUGGAUACAUCUGCUGUGUGGGGGGAAAAAAGACUACAAAAACCCUAAUUUUGUACAUAUUGUAUUUUUACUAUUGAACUGUAUUCUAGUGGCUGUUCAUGCUCCAAGACUUUAGGUAUUGAGACAUGAAUACUACCCAUGUAAUAAGCACUUGCCUGGAAUAAAAUAUAAAACUGAAAUAAACCUGCACUGAAACCUGAGACGGA